AUGGCCACCGGUGAGCGCCCAGGAAGUGCAGGGAAAGAUAGCCAGAAGAAGCUCAAGGUGAAGACCAAGACCGUGAACCGGAGUCAGAGCAAUUUAGAAGAGUUGGAUCAAAGCUCCCGCUGUGAGAAGUGCUUGGACUACCUCAUCACCGGUGACUUUGGCGGCUUGUACCGAGGAUGUGUCACCGGCUUCAAGAACUGCUUGUGGAAUCUCUGGGAGCGACAAAAAAACUUCCAGAAAUGGUUCGCCGACAAGCGCAAGGAGCAAGAGGCCAGGGCCAUGGACUUUGAUAUGCCUCACCCCUUUCCUCGAAUCCGAACCAUUGUCAACAGUACGAGCUUUGAAGCCUGGGGAAACUUUGUGAUCUUUUGCAAUACCUUCGUGGUGGGAUGGCAGGCUGAAAAUCUGCUCCCCAAGAACACCACGCCGGAGAAAGAGCAGAUCUCCUUCAUCUUCGAGCAGGUUUUCACCUCUGCCUUUGUCAUCGAGCUCACUUUAUCAACGCUCUGCUGGGGAUGGACGUCUUUGUGUGCCAGAGAGAACUGGCUGGACGUCUUCUUGGUCUUCCUUGGUGUCUUAACGACCUGGGUCUUUGGCUUGUUUGGUCUACAGAUCGAUUUUCUUCGAAAGCUCACGGCCCUUCGAACCUUGCGGCUGGUACGCUUGGCGCGGGCGGUGAGACUGCGACCUGAGUUCUCCGAGAUGUGGUUCUUGAUGAAGGGCCUCAUUGAGUGUGGUGAGACCCUGGUUUGGACCUAUGUGAUGAUCGGCUGUGUGCUCUAUUUCUUCGCCAUCAUUGCCACGGCCAUGAUUGGGAAGGUCGACAUGUUCUUGAGCGACGCAGAUGCCGGCCCCAUCGCCGAGGAGUACUUCAAAGACGUGCCUCAUUCCAUGCUGUCGCUCUUUCAGUUGAUGACCUUGGAUUCCUGGACCGGCUUCGCGAGACCGUUGAUUUGGCCAUCCGAUGGCUCUGCUCAUUGGUGGGUUGCUGGUUUCUUCGUUCUCUUCAUUGCGGUCGGUGUCUUCGUGAUGCUGAAUCUGGUGACCGCCGUCGUGGUGGAAACCGGUUUCUCCGAUUCGAAGAGUGAAGAGAAGGAGUUGGCCAUCCGAAUGGAGCGAGAGAAGGAAGAAGAGCUGGAGGAUCUGAAGCAGUUUUUCCUGCAGAUCGACCUGGAUGGCAGUGGCUCCCUGACGAAGCAGGAGUUCUUCAAGGCCACGAAGCAAAGAAAGAUUCGGAACAAGCUGCGUGCCUUGGACAUCAUGCCCAAAGACAUCGACGAGCUCUGGGAUAUCCUGGACGAUGGGCAGGGCGAACUGGAGGUGGAGGCCUUCCAAUCCGGCAUUCGGAAGCUCCGAGGUGAAGCCAAGUCGAAGGACAUUUUGAAGUUGUCCAAGGAGCUGCGGCAGUUUGAGAUGUCAGUGGAUGAGGUCGAAGGAUUCAUUGAAUCCAGUAAGCACCGCCUGAAGAGCGUCAACCAUCAGCUCACGCGUUGCCGUGGGGACAUCGCCGCUUUCACGCGGACCUUGGUCAGAGCGAAGGAGGCCGUGAAGAUGGCAGCGCAGACGCAAAACAUGAGCGGGUGGCUCUUCGGCUGUUUCUCCGUGACCUGUGACGAAGGCACCGGACAUGUGGAGCAGCGAGGCUACUCUGUAAAACUACAGCAAAGCCAGGGCUUCUGUGGCCGGAACCAGGACAAAAUCUCCUUUAUCGUUGCGAAUCGAAGUCUCGACGUGCAAUGCGUGGCCUUCGCCGAGGCUUUGCUGCAACGCCAUGCUGAGAAGCUUGCCUUGGAGAAUCUUCUGACGAUCAAACUGCCAGUUGAUUUGGCCGUGUCCAACGCCAGCGCGCCGCGCAAUUCGACGGCGUUCUGUGCGGAACUGCAGCAGCUGCCAGUCUUUCUGCUGAACCUUCCAAGGCGGCCGGAUCGUCUACGCAAGGCUUCAGCCCUCCUCCACACGAAGCUCCGCGUGUCGCGGUCCUGCCGUGUCCAAGCAUUGGACGGCCAAAACCUCACCGCGCCAUUGCCAGAGGCCUUGAUCCAACCACUGGUCCUCCAUGACGCCUUAGAGUACAAGGGACCCACCAUCGGCCAAGGGCGCUUGAGCAAGGGUGCAGUGGCCUGCACCUUGGGGCAUGCAAUGAUGUGGGAGCACAUCUUGCAGCAGGAUUUUCCCUUUGCGCUGAUCAUGGAAGAUGACGUGCAGGCGCUGCAUCCCGGGCUCCCAGAGUUUCUGUGCAAGCUGGCGCAGAGGGCGCUGCGAGGUGACUCCGAGGAGUGGGAGAUUCUGCAGCUGGACUUCGAUCGACGACACCCGCACGGGAAGCGUGCUGCUUUCGAAGAAGGGCUGACAAACCCCUUGAGUUGGACCACUGGAUCAGGACACAGCACCGGCAUGUAUUUGCUGCAGAAGGAUGCUGCAAAGAAGCUGAUUCGCUUGCAGCUGCCCAUAGGACUGGCGUGCACCCGGCAGAUCGAUUCGCCGCGUUGCCCUAUGCGGCGUUCGCUGAAGGCUUACAGGUCGAAUGUGCCUGGAGCCUAUGUCGCUGGAUCAGAUAAGCACGACUCGGACAUCCAGCAAUUUGCGCGGAUCUCCGACGACGACGCGACGAUUCCUGAUUGCCGGCCGCUGAACGCGUCCACCAUGCAGGUCGUGGCCUUCUUCCUGCUUGUGACUGGCCUGACGAUGGUCCUGCGCGCGUUCUACCGUCGCCGAGACCGCAGAGAGCGAUCGCAGACCAAGCGGUCGAGCAAAGAAUGCUCCUCUACCAGAGCUUCUUCUGGGAGCUUCUGCAGCUCUGUCCCUGGCGAAGGCGGCGCUGGAAGUUUGCGACCCUUCUCCUCCAGAUCAGGUGUGCCUAAGACCCUCGUUUGGCCUCCGGAGGAGAGUUCUCAGCGCUCAGAAGCGCCGCAGGUCAAGGACAGCGACCUGCGACCAUCCGAAUCGGAGGUCAUUUCAUCCCAGCGGCUUUCGGCCCCUGUGCCGCUGGUGAGCUUCAAGUCCAACACCUCCUUCAGCAGUGAGAGGGGUGUGGCUGCCUAUACCCGGUCCAAAUCAUCCAGUAUGCUCUCAGGUGACGUGCCGAACCACAGCCCGUCGUCCUCCUUUUCGUCCUCCUUGAAUUCAACCUUUGUCUCCAAGCAAAUGACCUCAGCCUCCUUCAAGUGGCAACCCGGCGAUGCUUUGGUCCAUUGCUGGCACCGGAAGCUGACGGACACGUACCAGGACUACAACAUGGUGAAUCUCAUUGGUGAAGGGCGCAAUGGUGCUGUCUUCAUUGUUCAGCACAAGAUCAGUGAGCAGUACUAUGCUUGCAAAGUCCUACACAAGGCAGAGCAAGAUUCCAGUGCGCUUCGGGCUGAAAUCAAGAACCUCCGGAUGCUGGACCACCCCAACGUCGUACGGCUCUACGAAGUGAACGAGGACGCCGAGGCCGUUUUCCUUCUCAUGGAGUACUGCUGUGGAGGGGAUCUCUUCAGUUUGGUGACGGAGUCGCACGAGGGCCGUGUGAGCGAGAAGGUGGCGCGCUCCUUUGCGGAGCAGAUGCUCAGUGCGCUGGCGUAUUGCCACUCGAUGGGCAUCGUGCACCGGGAUGUGAAGCCAGAGAACUUCCUUUUGGAGGGCAUCGUCGAAAAGGAUGCGUCCCUGGCGACGCUGAAGCUGGCGGACUUCGGCAUCGCCACGCACAUCCGGUGUGCGGAGAGCCAUUCAGAGGGACAGGUGAAUGGCAGUGUGCCCUACAUGGCACCUGAGCUCUUUACGAAGAGGUGGAGCUCCCUCGUGCGGGACUCCCAAGGGGAUCGACACCUUCUCGCGGCUUCGGAUCUGUGGAGUUGUGGCAUCGUCAUCUACGUCAUGCUCUCAGGGGAUUUGCCCUACGGCUCCGAUGAGUAUCGGAUCGCCAGCGGGGAGCCCCCAGAUUUCUCCAAGGAGGUUUGGCAGAACGUUUCCCCCGAAGCCAUCGACCUCAUCCGAAAGCUCCUGCAGCCAGAGGUGGAGGAACGAUGGACCGCUUCGCAAGCAGUACGGCACGAGUGGUUCACCAACCUGAAGAUCACCCGGCCGUCACCGGAGUCCCAGGGCAGGUCGGUCACCACCGAACGCUCCGAAGGCGGUGCUUUCUCCUCCGCCGCGGACUAUGCCCGCGCCACCCUGCGGGGCCUUCGACGAUGGCGCCAGCAUCCCUUCCUCAGGCGAAUGGUGAUGGCCGGGAUCGCCAAACGGAUGGAGGCAGACCACCCGGCGAGGAAGUUCGCCGAGGCAGCCUUUCAGGCCUUCAAAGGUUCGCAGGAUCAGCUGCGGAAGGAGCAAUUGGUUCAGGCGUUGAACGGCGCCUUCUGCGGGAGCCCACCCGAUCCGUCCAGCUGUAAGAGCCAAACCCCGAGCUCCGAGAGCUUCCUCCAGGGCGAGGGCGUGCGGACGACCCGGAGCAAUUCCUCCGUGGGCUCGGGCGUUUCUCCCAGCGGAAAGAGCGUCACCGGCUUGUACGUCCGUCAACACAUGAAGCAAAGCUUCCGGAAGUUCAUGCGUCGAUUGGAUGAGGACUCCACCCUUGGAAGUUCUCCCUUUGCUCAAGCGCCAUGCUCGUGCCCCGCACCUUCACCCGCCACGUGCCCCGUGCCCCGUGGGCACCUCGUGCGGGACGACCGUGGCGUGGAGUGGGCGCGCGUGGCAUGGCGAUGCGAAGAGGGGACUGGCGCCGGCGACUCAGCACGUGUCGGGGGUGCGGAAGUGGAUGAUGUUUUGGUGGUUCGACGCCGCUCGCCACUGGGGUCAAGGGUCGAGUUGGGGACCGCCCAGAUGUUUGUGGCCUUUGCAACCCAAAUAGAUGGAAGAGGUCACAGCGCCGUUGCUGCAGCCAUCACGGCUCGUGCACUCACGCAGCGCAGCCAUGUUUUGCUCAGAGCCUCCUCCACUUCAGCCUCCAGCGAGGGGAUGGGCAGCUCAGCCUGCGUGGCGCUGCAAAAUGCCGGCUUGGAGGUGGAGUUGGUGCAGUGUUUGAGCGACAACUACUGCCCGAUCUUUCAUCACGCGGCCUCCAAUGUGACUUUCGUGAUGGACACGCCUGAGGCCUCAUCCAUCGCAGCUGCAUUGAAGAAGAAGGGCUGGACAUUGACACACAUCCUGAACACGCAUUACCACGAUGAUCAUGUGGGUGGGAACAUGGACCUCAAGGCUCAGUUUCCAGGUGUCCAGAUCGUAGGGCAUCGCAGCUCCGAAGGCGAGGCGAUCCCAGGCGUGGACCUCGAGGUGUGCGAGGGCGACGAGGUGCAGUGUGGCGCCCUUCGAGCCCGAGUGUUGGAAGUGGGCGGCCAUACCGCCAGCCACAUCGCAUACUUCUUUGAAGAGGUUCCCAUGGCCUUGACCGGCGAUUGCCUCUUCACGCUGGGCUGCGGCCGCGUCUUUACCGGUGACUUCGUGCGGAUGCAGGCCUCCUUGGGGAAGCUUCGUGCUUUGCCCGACGAGACCGUGGUGUUCUGCUCGCACGAGUACACCGCCGCGAAUGCGGACUUCGCUGUGAAGGUGGAGCCCCAGAAUGUAGCCUUACAAGCUAGACGAGAAGCGGUGCAGCGCCUCCGGUCCGCGCGGCAGGCCACGGUGCCCACGCUCUUGGGCUACGAGAAGGCGACGAACCCCUUCUUGCGGUGGGAUGUGCCUGCGGUGCAACAGGCCGCAGGUGGCCUGGCGGACGCCGCGCAGGUCUUCACGGCCAUCCGCCGUUGGAAGGACACUGGCAAUCCUCCAGCCGCCAGACUGUGA